UUCCGGUGGCUCAGACCAUCCCGCUGCGCUCCCGAGGAGAUUUAGGACAAUUCUGGGGCGAUUUCCCGGAAAUUUUGGGGAUUUUUGGGGCGAUUUCGGGGCUCCCUCCCCCCGCCCACCGCGGUGACAGCAGGCAGCCCCGCCCCCCUUUAGCCCCGCCCCUCAGCCAUGAUUGACGCGCGGCUCGCCCAAUCAGCGCCGCGCGGGGCACGCCGGGAGUUGUAGUCCCGCCGCCGCUCCCCCAUUUCCCCCCCGCGCUCCCCCUCCCCUCCCCCCUCCCCGGUACCGGGGGGCUCCGGGAGCGCGGGGGGGGGGCGGGGGUCCCGGCGGGCUCGGCAGCGGCCCCGGGGGGCUCGGGGGGAGCGGGGGAGGGCAGCGGGGGAGGGGAGGGGGGGCCGAGCCCCGCCGCCCCCUCCCCGAGCGCCGAGCGGCCCCGGCGGCGCAAAAUGGCCACGGCUCUGCACAAACCCCUCAAAUGCCUGGGGGAGGAGUUCUACCGCGAGGCGCUGGAGCACUGCCGCAGCUACAACGCCCGGCUCUGCGCCGAGCGCAGCCUCCGCCUGCCCUUCCUGGACGCGCAGACCGGCGUGGCGCAGAGCAACUCCUACAUCUGGAUGGAGAGAGCCCACCGCCGGCCCGGGCUGUCCCCGGGUCAGAUCUACUCGUACCCCGCCCGCUGCUGGCGCAAGAAGCGGCGCCUGAACAUCCUGGAGGCGCCGCGGCUGCGGCCCUGCUGCGAGGCGCCGCUGCGCCGCGAGGGGGCGCUGCCCGAGGGCCCGGUGCUGGAGGCGCUGCUGAGCGCGGAGCCCCCCGAGAGCCGCGAGGAGGAGGGGGCGCUGCCCGAGGGGCCGAAGCCGCCGCCCCCCGAGUUCCCGCACGAGCCCGAGCCCGAGGAGCCGGACGAGGAGCAGCGCCGGCGCCGCCACCGCGCCAAGGGCAAGGCGCUGGGGCUGGUGAUGAAGCGGCGCGUGGACGCCGUGCUGGAGGAGAGGGACAAACCCUACGUGUGCGACAUCUGCGGGAAGCGCUACAAGAACCGCCCGGGGCUCAGCUACCACUACACCCACACCCACCUGGCCGAGGAGGAGGGCGAGGAGCCGGGGGGGGGCGCGGGGCCCCCCCGCAGGAACCACCACAAGCAGUUUUACAAAGAGUUAAACUGGACCCCCGAAAACCAGCGCAGGAACACAGCCCGCCCCGCCCCCCCCGGGCCCCCCCCCGAGGGUCCCUGCGACUUCUGCAGCGGAGGGAGCCGAGCCCGGGGCAGCGAGGAGCAGCUGAUCGCGUGCGCGGAUUGCGGCCGGGCAGGGCACCCGUCGUGCCUGCAGUUCUCGCUGGCCAUGGCGGCGGCGGCGCGCUCGUACCGCUGGCAGUGCAUCGAGUGCAAAUCCUGCAGCCUCUGCGGCACCGCCGAGAACGACGUGAGGCACCCCAGAACCCCCGAAUCC